AUGCAAUUAUCCCGCGCUCUAUAUCGAAAUCUCAACACACGUCAUUGGAAUCGUCGUAUUUGGGAGGUCGGAUACCGAGGACCGAUUCUUCCUCAACAAAAAGCCACCGGACGUCCAGACUAUCCAGUUUCCGCAAAUCGCGUCAAUAUUCUACGGGAGAGGCUUGCCAGAGAGCAAAUUGUGAUGAAUCUUCUCACUCGCCCGUAUUCGACAGCGUAUGCAGAACUGACGUAUCUGGAAACUGAAAAGAAUGUGAAAUCGUUGGAAGAACUGCGAGCAAAAGAAUACAAAAAGCUUGAUGAACAGCGAAUGCCCGGAAAACCAAAAAAUACGGAAGGUUCCAAGUCGACUAUCAGGAAGAAAGCUAAUGUUGGAAAUCUUCUUCAUACCCACACAACUGUUGAAGAUUCUUUAGCUGGAUUGGCGGCAAGAAAACGAUGGGACUGAGCGAAUCUUUUAAUUGUUGUAAUUAUAGUUUUGUUGUAGUGAACAAUAAAAACCUUUAAAAUU